CCGUGUUGUUCUGCUGCAGCUGUGGUGGUCUCUUCACAGCGUCUAUGGUCGCGCAGUCCGUCCCCCGGAGUGGAGCUCUCUGCAGCUGCUGAGCAUGCCGGCUGGCCCAUUUCUGCUCACCGAGGUGCGCCGUCGCCGUGUGACAUGCUGAGCGUGGACUCGUUGCAGGUGGCUGAGGAGGAGGUGGUGGAGUCCAGCUCCAACAAACUGUCCGACAUUUACACCUUCGUGGCCAAAGGCAGCCUCCCUCAGACGAUGACUCCUUUGCAGAAGAAGAACUUCAAAAGAUACGCUCAGAAAUUCAUCUUUGACGAGGGAAAGCUGUACUACGUGGGACCCAAGAAGGACGAGAAAAGGGAGGUGGUGAUCGAGGCGGGGAGGAAGAGGCAGAUCUUCCUCGACUGCCACUUCAAUGACAUCGGCCACCACCUGGGCCAGAAGAAGACGGUGCACCGGAUCCAGAGCCGGUACUACUGGCUGGGCAUCAUCAGGGACGUGGUGGACUGGAUCAAGCUGUGUGAGACCUGUCAGCAAACCGAGAGGAGCAAGAACCUGGCCAGGACUGUUCGGCCCAUUAAGGUGGACGCCCCCUGGGAUAUCGUCGGGAUUGAUUUCCUAGGGCCUUUCACAGAAACCCAGCACGGCAACACAAGCGUGGUCCUGUUCAUCGACUACUUCAGCAAAUGGCCGGAGGCUUUCCCCGUGCCAGCCGCAGACCCCCUGUCCGUGGCCAGGUGUGUCUCUACGUGCAUCUACAGGUUCGGAGCCCCUAAAACAAUAGUGUGCGCACAGAAUCCUGAGUUCUGUGAGGAGGUGUCCAGGGUGCUGUGUGAGAGGUGGAGCUUGGCGCAGAGGGUGUCUCCUCUGGAUCAGCCUCAGCUCAACCCCCUGCACGACAGCACGGGCCCCCUGCUGAAGGAGGCGGUGGCGCAGAUGGUGGUGGAGAAGCAGGCGGACUGGGACGACUUUCUGGACCCGGUGCUCUUCCUCUUCCGGACCUCCGUCAACCCGACGACCAAGUUCACUCCCUAUUCGCUCAUGUUCAGCAGGGAGGCCAGUUUACCCAGCGAGCCCACGCUGACCCUGCUGCAUUACGACGACCCAGAGCAGGAUGGCUGUAAAGAGAAAGCGUCUACGUAUAUGGACAUAAUGCACGAGCAACAGAAUGCUGUUAAGCAGCUGGUAAUAGCCAACAUGAACGCAGCCUACAAGCAAGAGAAGAAGAAGAACGCCAAACGCAGGACGCAGAACACGUCGCCUGCUACUUUAAGUAUCACGGAGCCGCUGUUUGCUGCAGUGGACACUCCCUCUGCCAAAAAAGUCAAAGAGAGCUUGUAUUUGUCGUUUCCUGUGGAGACGGUGCUGGCCACCGAGGCUAACAGUUCUGAGGACGCAAAGACUGAGCUGCCAUACCGCUUGGCUGAGCCUGACGUCCACUGAGGAUGAUGACUAAACGGAGUGUUAUGCCAUCAGAGCCAUGGACAAAAUUCAGAUUGAAUUGGAAGCUAAAUAAGUUUUACAGGCACCAAGGAUCCGCCCCCUCAGCAGGGUUCCAUCAGUGCUGCAAAAGCUUUGCUCCAACAGACAAUCGGUCAGUUCUACUUCUUCCUGGGGCUCUCGUAGAGGGUGGCUAGCCAGCCACCCCUGCGAGCCACAUGGGACUCAGACACAUGGGGCCUCACGGGGCCUGAAAGACCCACAAGCGGAGUAAAAAUGUGCCUUUCUGAAACUCAGUUCCUGCUGUUUCAUUGGUACAGCAAUGGGGAAAUUCACAUCCCCUGUGGAGCGUAGGACCUGACUGGAAUCGGAGAAACUGCUAGAAAGAAGCUAAGUUGCAGUCUCACUUCUGCGCAUCCAGCCGCUGAAGUAAAGAAUGCCGAAACAGCUUUGUUUCGGCAUUCUUUCCUGUGACAGCUUCUCAAUCAGCUGUCACAGGAAAAGCUGAUUCGAGACGACGCGGAUCGGUCGCUUCCCUCACCAGACAAGCUGAGAGCUCAGAGACUGCAUGGAGGAUGUCGAACCGCCCUACCCUGCACCCCGACCACGUUUCAGCUAGCUCAUAGCCGCUAACCCGCAGCUGAAAUAACCGUUUCCUGCACCACUGCUCUUCCUUGGAUGGCCAAAGUGAACCAAACUCACACCGAGGCACCGACAGGUUUGGCAGAGAACCAAACAGGGAAAGUUAAAUGGUUUAUUUGGAAGUUUUUGGUUACAUUGUGUUUUUAGAACACAUUGAGCUGACCGACAUAGCUUCCGUUAGCAUUUUGAUACCACGCCAUUGCUGAUGUAAUUCGACUGUGUUUUUAUGGUUAUAACAAACAUUAUCUCCACAAGGGUUUUAUACACUGAUGGGAUAUUGAUGUUUGCGUUAUCCGGUCUACUCAUUACAACUAAAAUAAGCUGAAGCAUCUUAAAGUUAGCGCUGAAGGUCCGCUAGCCUAAAUGCUAUUAGCCUCCGGUAACAUCCGGUCUCCAGAUAUUCAACUACAGCUCGUUUCAAGCAUAAGGUUUGUUCGAUUCGCUCCACCAUCGUUCAAUAGUGCUGUGAGCGUUAUUGCCGCAUUAAUAUGGAAUAUUAAUGUCGAUUUUUAAAGGCCUUUUAACUUUAGGAUUAGCCGAUCUUAGCGACCGAUCGCUACA